CUGGCGGUCCCGCAUCGCGGUCUUGGACGGGCGGAAUUUGGGAACUUCGAGAACGAUGCAUCGAGGCACAAGCAGGACCGGGACAAUGACGAAGACUAGAAGUAGCAGUGCUACCUCGGGAACCGAAAAGAUGGAUGGGUUUUCUGGACUUUGUUUGCCUUUCGGAGAGAUAACUUUCUUUCUAAACUCCCCUUCUUCUGCUCUGUCCUUGACUUGAUCUUCCCUCUUUGGAAGUACACAUCUUCAAGUUACAACGACGUUCAGUUUCUACAACCAUUGAUACCCCCAAAGAAACCGACACUCAAGCUGAAUUAUAGCGAACCGCGACAAUGCCUGUCACCAACUUUGACUUCAAGGAGAAGUACCGCUAUCAGAACGGCUUCGCUUCCUACCUAGAAUCCGAAGCCGUCUCCGGCGCUCUUCCCAUCGGCCACAACUCCCCUCAGAAGCCUCCCCUCGGCCUCUACGCCGAAAAGCUCUCCGGAACCGCCUUCACAGCUCCACGCCACGAAAACAAGCAAUCAUGGCUCUACCGGAUCCUCCCCUCAUGCUCCCACCCUCCCUUCGUCGAGGCCACCCCAUCUAAGGGUCAGGAGCCCGUUCUCGAGCAAUCGCCAGCCAAGCUGCACUACAUCCCCAACCAACUCCGCUGGGACCCCUUCGACCACGAAUCCGACACCGACUUCGUCUCAGGCCUCCGUCUCGUCGCCGGCGCCGGCGACCCCACCCUCAAGCAAGGUCUGGGCAUGUACGUCUACGCCGCCGGCAAGUCCAUGUCCGCCCAAUCAGCCUUCUACUCAGCCGACGGCGACCUUCUCAUCGUGGCGCAGGACGGCGUGCUAGACAUCCGCACCGAGUUCGGCUGGCUAUUGGUCCGACCGAUGGAAAUCGCCGUCAUCCCGCGCGGCGUGCGCUACCAAGUCCUCCUCCCCUCCGGCCCCGUCCGCGGCUACGCACUCGAACUCUACCAGGGCCACUUCCAGCUCCCCGAGCUCGGUCCCAUCGGCAGCAACGGCCUCGCCAACGCGCGCGACUUCCAAGCUCCCGUGGCCUGCUUCAGCGAAGACCACGGAUCUAUCGCGCUCGACGGACCGAACUCUUACACCAUAACCGCCAAGUUCAACAACACCCUUUUUGAGACCAAACAGCCACACACCCCCUUCGACGUCGUGGCCUGGCACGGUAAUUACUACCCCUACAAAUACGACCUCGGUCGCUUCAACACCAUCGGCUCUAUCAGUUUCGACCACCCGGACCCAUCCAUCUUCACCGUCCUCUCCGCCCCCUCCGACCAUGCCGGAACCGCCAUCGCCGACUUCGUCAUCUUCCCUCCCCGCUGGCUUGUCGGCGAAGAUACCUUCCGCCCGCCUUGGUACCACCGCAACACCAUGAGCGAGUUCAUGGGCUUGAUAACGGGUGCAUACGAUGCCAAGAAGGGCGGCAAGGGGGGGUUCGUUCCGGGCGGGGCGAGUUUACAUAAUGUUAUGAGUGGCCAUGGACCGGAUGCGGCGAGUUAUGAGGGGGCGAGGAACGCCGAGCUAAAACCACAGAAGGUUGGGGAGGGAAGUUGUGCGUUUAUGUUUGAGAGUUGUUUGAUGGUUGGUGUGACGGAUUGGGGACUCAAGACUUGUCAGAAGGUGCAGGAGGAUUAUAAUGAGCAUAGUUGGGGUGGGGUGAAGGUGCAUUGGAAGGGGAUGGCGGGGGGGGAGGAGGGGGUUUCGCAUUUGCUGUAA